UUUUUAUUGACUGAUUUAUUUAUUUUUUCUUUAUUUUUUUUCCUUUGGAGCCCCUUUGGUUGCACUUCUCUGCAUCUGAUCUUCAUGAGGUCCACACACGCUGAAAAUGUACACAAAUCAUAUAACAAAUUCAAAAUAAAAUAACUUCACAACAGAGGCGAUCGAUCAAAAACAAAUUAAUUGUACCCUGAUGAAAAACAUAGGAAAGCAUAGAUAACCAAUAUAAAAAUGAUAUAAAGUAAAGAGGAAUCAUUCACCAUAGUUGUUUUUCUUAUCAAGUUGUUCUGUCUUGUGUCAUAUUUUUACCGUAUCAAUAGUGUGAUGCUUUGGUCAUGAGUUGCUUAACCGUCUACAGCAGGCAGUCGGUGCUUUGUUUCAAAACCUUGGGAGAGCAAAACUGCUCCAGCCUCCUUUUCAUGCAAUUUGUUAAAGUUUUCCACUUUAAGUGUGCAAUCACGACUUGUUUUGUUCUCAGCGAAUCAAAAGGUGUUUGUCCCUGAGAAGCUUUACAAUGCAGAACUUAUUUGUGUUACAGUUUACCUCCAUCUCUGCCUCAAAACCCUAGAAUUUCAUGACAAAAACAUGUGCUUAAGCUAAAACUAUUGAAAUAAGCUCAUUUCUGAGGAUGGGGGGGAAAGUUAUUAACAGAAGUAAAGCUAUUAUUUUUAUGAUAAUUACUGCAGAGGUAUUCAUAAAUGUUGAACUAAAUCUUGAACCACAUGUUGCUUAUUUGGAUUUUUACAAAAACAGACCAACACAAAGUGGCACAUGAAUUCGAAGUGGAAGCAAAAUCAGACAGGGUUUUCCAAAGAGCUUUCCAAUGAAAUUCUGAUAAGAUUAGUCUGUUUGCAAUUUAAUCUCUGUAUAAAUCCAGAUUUUCUUUUCAAACUUUUCAGGUUUGUUAGAGAACAGCAGUGGGCGAACAAGAAGACCAAAGAAACAGCCUAGACCGGUCACGGAUGAGGUUGAGGAGAGGUUUAGAAAACGAUGAGGUUAUACAGCAACAUCCCAAACGCUGAGCAGCCGACUGAGCGCUGGCAAUUGACGCAGUACGGCACAGUUGCAAACCUACCAAAACGGAGAAGGUGAGCUGACAAGCUGUGCAAAGAGAGGUCCAGAGAUCUGCAGAGAAGCAGCUCAGGCUGUCAACAGGAAAAGCACAAAUUGCACCUGGCUUCCACACGAACCCAAAAGAAAUCCUGUUUGCACUUUGCUUCAGGUCAUGCCAAAGCAAACUGGUAGACAAAAUGGAUUCUGGUCAGAUCUGAAAUUAAACGUACAACCAGCAAAACACUGCGUAACACUGUGUGCUGAGAAACUACCACAGCACAUAACCCUGGACACACAGCUGCCCCCCAUUAUAAAAACAUGGUGGCAGAUCCACCACUAUCUGGGCUGGGGAAUGCUUCUUCUUAGCGGAGACAGAGAAAUGUCCAGAGUUGAUAACAGGAUAGAUGGAGCUACGGCUGAAACAGCAAAACACUCCAGGUUGGUCUAGCAGGAUAACAAAAGCCUGAGCAACAAUGGAAUGGUUUAGGGCAUUUAUCGCAUCGUUUAUCAUUUAUCGCAAUAAAUGAUUUCAUAAUAUUUUGAUUUAUUGUUGUCAUGAUAAAUUAAUAAUAAAUGAUGUUUAAAAAAAACUAAAAUUGUCAGGAUUGUUAUUUUUACUAAGCGAUAAAUAGCUUUAUCAUAACCUUUAUUGUUAUUGAAAUAGUACCUCAAAUUAUCGUGAUGAAACUUUCACAAUAAAGUCCGUAUCGCGCAGCCCUUGGUUAAAUCAAAGAAUAUCUCAGAGCUGCAGGAAUAUUGUUGUUCUAUUUAAUCCACCUCUAUUUGAGCUAUUUUUUAAAAUGGGUGACAAUUUCAAUCUCUAGUGUACAAAGGCGAUUGAUUUUCCAAAACACAAACAGCUUCAACUGCAGUGAAAGGUGGGAAAACUUAGCAUGGACAGAAGGCUGAAAUACACAUUACUUUUAGUUGUUUGUUUAUUUGCCUUUUUUUUUUUUUUUUACUUGCAACACAUGUAUUACUUUCCUCCUACUCCAAGUAGGAUCUGCAAUGGUCACAAAAUUUAAAAUCAAACUUCAGUGAGUUUGAAUACUUUUCCAAAGCCUUCUAAAUGUGCUGUUCACUGUAUUUUGGGGGAUACAAAAACCCAAUAGGUAUUUUUAUAGCAUGUAUUUAUUGCAAGUAGAUGUAAUACAUUACUGUCCAGUAUAACACUACUGUUUCGACUACUUUUCAUUUGCUUUUUGUUUUAUUUUUUUCCCUCCCCCUUGUAUUUUCUUGACUUCUUCCAGCUGCGACACAAACAAAGAGGAAAGAAAAAAAAAACUAAUCAGUUGAGGUUCCGUUUUUGUGUGGAGAAAAAAAAAACGAGUUUAUUUCAAUUAGGUGGCGUAAAAUCUCAGCGGUUCCCAUCUGAAUCGUUUUUUUGUUUUUGUUUUUUGCGAUGGCUGAUAUAAUGGAAGUCCCUUACGAGCUCUCUCUCUGUGUGUGUGUGUGUGUGUGUGGGUGUGUGUGUGUGUGUGUGUGUGUGUGUGUGUGUGUGAGGGCUGAUGGGGAAGGUGAGCGGCAUGGAGAGGUGGAGGAGGAAGAGGAGGAAGAGGAAGGUGGGGGUCUCCUAGCAUCCCUCAGCUGCGCGCGGACGGACGCAGCUCGCAGAGGAACGCGGCUGUUUGCACGUUCACUUUAUUUAUUGUCGGUCCAACUCUGACCUCACGGAAACGGUGAACAAAACGACUACAUGGAGAAAGGGCUACUGAUGUGUCAUUGAUGGGAUCCCACAGGGUUGACUAAAGUGUGAUAACUUUUAAAACCUCAAUGGAGCUCAUCCAGGCCACCCAGGUUUCCCUAGUGCCACAGGAAGGAACCACUGCAACCUGGAACAACAACUCAGUCCUUCUCUACUACCGCCCCUUGUUCUCCACCGUCCCCUACGCACCACUUCCCAGCAUCAGUCAAGCUGAGGAAUCUUUCCUAUUUAACAGCAGUUGUUUAAACUCUACUAAAAGCACACCCACAUCCCUCCCUGGGUUGGCAGGAAUCUUCAUUCCUCUUAUUUAUGGCAUAGUGUGUAUAGUUGGCUUACUGGGAAACACUCUGGUCAUCCACGUCAUCGUAAACUACACCAAGAAUGAGUCGGUCACAAACAUCUACAUCCUCAAUCUUGCCAUCGCAGAUGAACUUUUUAUGCUAGGUUUGCCCUUUUUGGCUGUGCAAAAUGCUCUCCUCUCUUGGCCCUUUGGCUCACUGAUGUGCCGUGUUGUGAUGACAGUGGACGCCUUCAACCAGUUCACCAGCAUCUUUUGUCUCACUGUGAUGUCAGUGGAUCGAUACUUGGCUGUCGUCCACCCAAUCCGGGCCUCCUGGUGGCGACGCCCCCAUGUAGCAAAGGCUAUCAGUGCCACAGUUUGGCUGGUGUCCUUUGUGGUGGUGCUGCCGGUGGUGGUCUUCGCCGAUGUUCUGAAGGAUGACGGGAACUGCAGCAUUGUGUGGCCUGAACCAGCCGAAGUGUGGAAAACAUCUUUUAUUGUGUACACGUGCACUGUUGGCUUCUUCUGUCCUUUGCUUGUCAUCUCUUUAUGCUACCUGCUGAUCAUCGUCAAGGUGAGGAAUGUUGGGAGGCGGACCCAGACCACAUCCUCCAGACGCAGGAGGUCGGAGCGAAAAAUCACACGAAUGGUGGUGGUAGUCGUAGCAGUGUUCGUUUUCUGUUGGCUACCAUUCUAUGCCCUCAACAUCUUAAACCUGCUCGUGGUCCUGCCCGGAGACUUCAGGGGGCUCUACUAUUUUGUUGUCGUGCUUUCAUAUGCAAAUAGCUGCGCCAACCCCAUACUGUAUGGUUUUCUGUCAGACAACUUCAAGAGAGGCUUCAGGAAGGCCUUGUGCCGCGCUUCACGCAAGGUGAAGAACAAUGAAAAGGCUGGCACCGAGGUACAGCGGCCGACGGAGGAGUGGGGCGGCAUCGUACUCCUGUCGCAGAAGAGAAUCACCAACAUGCAUGGGAAAUAUUGUGGUGAAAAUGAUGUACUGGAGGAAGUAGUUGGAGCAGAGGGAGGCUUGCAAAUGAGAGAAAGGAGCAGAUUGUCACAUAAAGGACAAAACUCCAAAGCAGAAGAUGAUGGUACAUCCCCUGUUAUACAGGAAGCUAAUCCUGAACUGACUCCAGGUGAUGAUGCUCUUGAGAUAGCUCAUUGUAAGGCCAAUAAAUGUCAGAACAGGAACUCACAAACUGAAGAGGUCACAGACAAAAACUCUGUGCUCGAAAUUAGCUAUCUGUAAGAGUUGAUGACAGGGCCUUCCAUUUACAAGAAUGGGGCCUCAGUACAUUUACAUUGUGCAAUUCUUUAAAGUUUAGAGACUGUCUGUUUUGAUGCAAACGUUUUUAUACGUGGUGUAACUAACUUUGAGGUGUCAGCCCAUCAAAAUCUGAGAUAGGACCUUCAUUUAAAUGUGUACAACAUGUUGAAAGACCCUCAUUUUGGGGAAACUGGUUGAAGUUUUUCAGUUAUUGCUGCUGGCUUUUACUUUUUCCUGGCCUAUUGCAGUAUUAUGAUGUUUCUGAACAUCUGGUCACCAGGCUGAUGAAACUUCUCACCUUUAUAUGGGAAAGGCUUUAUUACAGCAUGUAUUGCUAGUACUUUAAAGGUGAUUUUAACUUUUAGACAAGGAACAACUUGUGCUGAAAGGCUUAUACACUGUAUGAAUCAUGUUCUCUGUGGUAGAUAGCAGAUAAUGAUUGACCUACUGUGAAAUGGAACAAAAAUGUCAAGUGUUCAGCUGCUAAGUCCUUUAACAGUAAGUAUUCAAUGUACGGACAAAAUGAGCGUUUUGUGAAACAGCAUGCAGAUUGAACUGAGCAUUGUUAAAUAUCAGGCAUAUAUUUUCCCAAAAAUCAACUAAUUGCCAUAAUUUAUGAUGAAAGAUAUGUAGUAAGAGUAAAAGUGAGCCUCUAAUACAGUCACUUAGUCUGUUUUCCUUCAGGUUGAAAUGUUUUACAUGAUAUUACAGUAGCAUACCUUUAAUGUUAUGUUUAAAUAUCCUUUGUAUGAUUGUGCUGAGAUAAAGGCGCUUAAAUAAUUAAGUGUUGAUACAUAAUUAAGCUUUUAAAGCUUAAUUGAUACAGAAAUGUUUACUUCAUUAUAGCCUGGAUCAGUUAAAUUAUUUCAAUGUAAUGGUCAAUAUAGUAGUAUUGUGUGAAAUAUGUAUUUUAUGAAUUAUUUAAAACUUAUAGAUCAAACCAAAAUUAACAUAUUGGGUAUAAAAUAUGUACUGGACAUUCUGUGUGAAUGAAACAAAAUAGUGUUUUGUGUGUCGACAUUGCGCUCAAUAAAUGGGAAUACCUUGUGUUGUAAGCUUUGUCACUUUAACUACUUUUAAGCUGAGUGGGCCAACAUUGAAUAUAACAAAUGACAAAGUACAAAAUAAUUAUUUUAGAAAAAUGUAUUUCACAUUGCAGCACAAGAAGACAGCAAUAAAUCGUUUCCAACAGGUCAAAGCAGCAACUGUUUAAUUUCGGAAACGAAAAAGAUGCUGCCCUCUAGUGG